GACCUCGAUAGGUACUCCUUCGUACGACUUUGCGCUCAACUUCUGUCUGAUACCUAUUCGCAUCCCGAGUCGCUAUCAGUGGAGCAUAACCCUUUCGCAUUUUCCCUUUUCAUGGCCCUUUUCGCGCCACAAAGGGAGGUGUAAACACACAUGGCUCUGCGUCAAACUCCGUGCCCAGUGCCCGACGUUGAUCGAGCUUUGGCAUCAUAUAUCCAUUCUCGCGAAGACACCCUGAGGAUACGGCGGACGCUCUCAAAAUAUCUCACCGCAGGUCUCCGACCUGUGAACUCCAAUACGCAAAACCAGCACCUCAACCAUGAAUGUCCACACCUGUGUUUGGCGGCCAUUACAAAUCCUCCGGGGCUUAAGGAUUCUCGAAUGGGCUAUUUGAACGCACUACGUGCUAGGAAUGCGGCUCAGACAAAACAUCGCGAACUUCAAACGUCGUUGGAAGGGCUGCAAACCCGUCAUACCAUCGAAUCGCCCGCCGGAAACGACUCACAAUACGAUAAUGAAGUCACGCGGAGUUAUGUAUCUCUUCUUCGAUGUCGCAUCCGCGUUGCAGAGCUUCAAGUCGUCCAAGGAUCCCUCGAAAAGUUGCUCAGUGCCAAUCCAGCGAAUGGAACCAACGAUCCCAAGAAUCUCGUGAAGAAUACCAUCGGCGAGCAACCUGACCUACCAGCGGAGCGCCUGGAAAAGCUCUCCCAGGCCCAGGAUGAUGAGUCGUUGAUUCUAAAGUUGAAAAAAGAAGUUCUUGAAGCUCGGGCUUCCAUGGAACGAGCGAACUCUGCCCGGCUUGAGACUCAGAGUACACCUCAAGGGGCACCAAAUUUGACUGAGCAGGUCUAUGCGCUUGGUCGUGCACGUGAAGAAUUACAAGAAUGGGUGGAAGGGGAGCUGGCAAAGAUGGAAGAGGAGUCCGAAUUUAUUGAGGAUAUGUCCCCCGUAAAACGUUCAAUCGGGGGACCUUCUGACCUCCAUCUCGCUUCAUCGGAAGCCAAAAUCCGAGGCUCUUACGAUCAAUAUACUGCAUCCCGCUCGGCCGCAAUUUCAUCGUACGAGUCCCUUCAGCGGCCACCGAACGCGGACUCGAAUAACGCCAACGAUCGCACCGGCCAGGCUCAUCCCAGCUCUCAGCAACGAGAUAACCCAGAGUCUGCAAGAGCGAUCAUCAGAAUAUUUCCGUACAUUCCUUGCCUCUCGCGUAUCGAUAACAAUGAGCGCUCCUUAUUGCAGCAGGCCGUUUAUUUACAGGCUCAGCUUUCGUUAGCGGACGAGGAACUCGCUGAGAUUGUGCUGAGGCUCUCGGGAGAAAGCCACCUUCUUCCAUCCGGAUCAAAAGCCAUUACCUCCUGGGGGAAGACUGCUACAGAGGUUGAGGCGGCCACAGAGCAGUUUGUUGAGGGGCGACUCCAGGAAAGCCACCAUGAAAUCAACAGCAUCGCCACUAUCGUCGAUCUCUGCUCAUUGCAGAGCAAAGUCCUAUCUUCUAGUUAGACACAAAGACAGCUCGGUUUCUCGGCAGCCCAGCACGUACGAGCGCAAUAUGAUGAAUUCCUGGUUCUCCCCAUCCAUCAUGCACCGAGAUAUUGCUCCUCAUUUUCUGUUUCAGGGUAGCACAGCAGGAAGGAUUCUAUGGGUCAUUAAGGAUGCUGCUGGUAUGUUCACGUUCUUUCCUACUGUAUGCCCCACUGUUUGCUAGGUCGGGCGCUUCACAUGCGGGUAAGAUUUCCGGAUUUUCUUGCAACUGCCGUGCUGGCCAAAGCGUAACAAGUACACGACCCGACGCCUAAUGACACACUACGAUCUAAAACUGGUAUCGCUCUAUCAUUUCCGGGUCGGCGCGCGGCUCUAAACCAUCAAAAUAUAUUCACUCAUGCCGGGGUAAACGUUCACUCACGCUAUAUUAGCCUUUUCACGCUCUUGGCACUCAUGAAGCGACCCAAUCAAAUCACUCUCCCCGCUGCCUGAAACCUACC